UGUCAAUUUUUUGACAUUUGAUUAAUUUGACGUAUUAAUUAAUAAAUAUUUUGAGUGUGGAUUUGUGAAUUGAAUAAACAUACAUUAAUAAAACCUUAAGAAUGGCACAAAUAGGCGAACCAUUAACUUUAUCCCGAGAUAUUAAAAGAUCUAUAGAGUUAUUAGAAAAGUUGCAAAAAAGUGGCGAGGUUCCAGCAACUAAAUUAGCUGCUCUGCAAAAGGUACUGCAGAGCGAUUUUCUAAAUGCCGUUCGCGAGGUUUACGAACAUGUGUACGAAACUGUCGAUAUCCAAGGAUCCCAAGAUGUUAGAGCUUCGGCAACUGCAAAAGCCACAGUCGCAGCUUUUGCAGCUAGUGAGGGCCAUGCUCAUCCUAGAGUGGUAGAACUACCCAAAACGGACGAAGGACUUGGCUUUAACGUUAUGGGUGGUAAAGAACAAAAUUCCCCCAUAUACAUCUCCCGGAUUAUUCCAGGAGGUGUGGCUGACCGACAUGGAGGUUUGAAAAGGGGUGAUCAGCUUUUAAGUGUUAAUGGAGUAUCUGUAGACGGGGAAAAUCAUGAAAAAGCUGUGGAAUUGCUAAAACAAGCGCAUGGUUCUGUGAAAUUAGUGGUUCGAUAUACCCCGAAGGUGCUUGAAGAAAUGGAAUUGCGGUUUGACAAACAAAGAGCUAGGAGGAGGCAACAGUACAAUUAAUUAUGACAAAAUUGAACAGUAUCUUAUAUUAGGUAUAUAGUUACUUCUAGUGCAGUGGUUAUCGCAAUCUGUUUCAAUUUAAACUCCUGCAUUAUAACAAUAGGCUAUGUUAUACAACUUUCUUAAUGUGGAGGUAAAUAAGAUAUUUGCAGUACUUUAAGAUUUAUUUUCGCUAGAUUGGUCCAAUAAAACUAAAUGGAAGUAGAAACCGACUACAAAAUUUGCUUUAUAAUACACUUUAUAUUAUGUAUUGGGAGUGCACAUAAAGAAAAAAACAGUAUAGGUUAAUCAGUAAAUAAAUAAU